AUGGGAAGCCCGGGAUGGGUGGUGUUCAGGGAAUCAGAGGGGCUGUCGGGAGCCGCGGUGACGAUGGAAGCACUGGGCUUAUGGGGCCGCAGGGGUGAUUCGGGGAUGCCGGGCGGAUGCGGGCAUUGUCAGGAGAAAAAGCCCGAGAAAUCGGCGGCAGACAUUCAACCGGCUGGUUACGAUUAUGGAGUUGCGGCGGCUCCACCAAGCCAAGCACCACCCGCCCCGAAACAAAAGAAGCAUCGCCGACCCUCAACCAACGCCCCACCACCAACCGACCAUGGCCAAUCGCCCGGUUCAUAUUGGGGAUUC